AUGAAAAAAUCGGAUUUGAGUUAUGAUAAAAUUGUGUCAAUUUCCACUGACGGAGCUCCAGCGAUGAUGGGAAAAGAAAAAGGAUUAUUAAAAAUAAUCCGGGAUAAUAAUUCCGGGAUAUUAACUUAUCAAUGCAUAAUUCAUCAAACAUCGCUUUGUAGUAAACUCAGUGCUACACUGAAAGACGUUAUGGACAGUUUGAUCAAUUUUAUCAGGUCGCGUUCUUCUCUUCAACACAGACAGUUCAAAGAGUUUCUGUGUCAAUUUGAUUCGGCUUAUUCAGAUUUACUACAACACAAUCAUGUUCGUUGGCUCAGUAAAGGUCGAGUAGUUGAACGUUUUUGGAACAUUAAAGAAGAAGUAAAAACAUUCCUAAAAAAUGUAGAUACUGAAGAAGCAAAGAAGCAUUCGGAUUUCUUAGAAAACAAUCGAAAUAUAGUUGCAAUGACUUUCUUAAAUGACAUUUUGAAGUAUUUUAAUACGCUUAAUGUCGAAUUACAAGGAGAAGGGAGAUUAAUAUGUGAUUUAAUACAAAACGGAGAAUGGACUGAUGUAGCUGAAAAAUUAUUUAAUCUUUCAAAGUCAAAACUCCAAAUGGAAAUAAUAAACCUACAGGAAGAUGUUUCCUUGAAGCAGUACAGAAGUGCGUCAACUGAAGAAUUCUGGGCUAAAGAUGCCAUUGACUAG